ACAUCGGUUGGUACGUGGUGUAUUUAUAUACACUUAUUUGGUGCAUGAAUGUGGCAGCCUGAGAUGGUAGAGCGGGUGUAGAAUGGCGAAGACAAUUCAAUUCUUCGAAUUGAAUACUCGAGCUAAGAUUCCUUCAGUUGGAUUAGGCACUUGGCAGUCUGAUCCAGGAAUCGUUGGUACGGCCAUCGCCACCGCCGUUAAGGUUGGAUAUCGGCAUGUUGAUUGUGCUCAACUAUAUGGCAAUGAGAAGGAGAUUGGUUCAGUUUUGAAGAAGCUGUUUGAAGAUGAUGUCGUGCAGCGCAAAGACUUGUGGAUCACCUCUAAACUCUGGUGUACUGAUCAUGCACCAGAAGAUGUACAAGAGGCAUUGGAUAGAACAUUAAAAGAUUUACAGCUUGAAUAUCUGGAUCUUUAUCUUAUUCACUGGCCUGUCAGCUUGAAGAAGGGAUCAGCUGUCAUUAAGCCUGAGAACCUGACUCAGCCUGAUAUACCCAGUACAUGGAGAGCAAUGGAGGAGCUCUAUGAUUCUGGAAAGGCUCGAGCUAUUGGUGUGAGCAAUUUCUCUUGUAAGAAACUAGGCGAAUUGUUGGACGUUGCUCGCAUUCCUCCAGCUGUCAAUCAGGUAGAAUGCCACGUGGCAUGGCAACAACCACAACUUCACGCAUUCUGUAAAUCCAAAGGAGUUCACCUAUCAGGGUAUUCACCAUUGGGUUCUCCAGGUUACCAAAAGAGUGACAUUCUCAAGAAUCCAAUUCUCAAUAUGGUUGCAGAGAAAUUGGGCAAGUCUCCUGCACAAGUUGCGCUUCGUUGGGCUUUGGAAAUGGGUCACAGUGUUCUUCCUAAGAGCACAAAUGAGACGAGGCUCAAAGAAAACUUUGAUGUUUUUGACUGGUCUAUACCUGAAGACUUGUUUGACAAGUUCUCAGAAAUUGAGCAGGUGAAGCUAGUAACAGGUGCAAAAUUUGUGCACGAAACUCUUGGCGCCUACAAAACCAUUGAAGAGCUCUGGGAUGGUGAGAUCUGAAACCUGGCCACCACGCCCUAUAAGAGUACCUCGUCCACUUCUCUAGGAAAGUUAAAUUUUAUAGUAUUUCCUGCUAUGAAUUUGUAGUUGGAUAAUUUUUCAAACUGAAUCCAUUUGUUCUGAUUAUUAAGAAAUAUUAAAUAAACAAGAGACCACCUGGUUUCUUUAAGACUAAUUGUUUAUAGAGUUUCAUUUGGAAUUUGGAAUCAUUCUCCCAAAAUUUUCACUGGAAUUAAUGCAAACAUAUAUUAGAAAUG